ACAUUCAACAUUUACAACUACCAGGACACAAAAAUCUCAAAAACUACUCAGAAAAGGAGGACCUUACUCAGGAAUGAUGUCCAUUCAGGAGAAAUCAAAAGAAAAUUCCUCCAGUGUUAUUAAAAAGAGUGAAGAUAAGAAUCUAGAAACACAAAUUCAAGGUUCUCAAAAGAAUCUAGUAAAAAAAUCAGGUCCAAAGGAAGCUAUAAAAUCACUGGUUAAAUCUUCCAAUGAAAGUAAAGUCAAUCAGCCUGAAUUAGGAACAUGCAUGAGCACAAGGUCAGCAUCCAGUGAUAAAAAAGCUAGUAAACCUAUUAAUAAAAAUAUGGUGACUGUAAAGGGACAUUCACAACAAGAAUCUACAAAGCAGAAGAAAUUAUCUCAGAAAAAGUCAGUGCACAAAACCCCUAAAUCAAAUGAACAGCUUAACCGGAGGUCACAAAGACUACAACAGUUAACAGAGGUUUCAACAAGGUCUCUGCGUAGUAGAGACAUUCAGGGUCAAGUUCAAGCAGUUAAACAGAGUUUGCCACCAACAAAAAAAGAGCACUGUAGCAAUACUCAGAGUAAAUCUAAUAAAGUUAAAACAAAUCAGAAACAUGUGAAAAGAAAAGUACUGGAAAUAAAGUCUGAUUCUAAAGAGGAUGAAAAUUCUGUAACUAAUGAAGUAAUAAAUUCCCCAAAAGGAAAAAAACGCAAAGUAGAGCAUCAGCCAGCUUAUACUUGUAGUUCUCAGUGCAUAAAAGGAUCUGAAAAGUGUCUUCAGAAGAAUACUAGAAAAGAGGAAACAAAAUCUGUGCCUAUAACUUCUUCUGAGAUAAAAAGAUCAAAAAUGGCUACUUCAGUGGUCUCUAAAAAGAAUGAGAUGAAGAAGUCAGUUCAUACACAAGUGAAUACUAGUGCAAAAUCCCAAAAAAGUCCACAGCCAUCAGUGCCUGAACAAAGUAUAGAUAAUGAGCUGGAGCAAGCAGGAAAGAGCAAACGAGGGAGCAUUCUCCAGCUCUGUGAAGAAAUUGCUGGUGAAAUUGAGUCAGAUACUGUAGAGGUAAAAAAGGAAUCUUCACAAAUGGAAAAUGUAAAGGAGGAGAAGCCUACAGAAAUAAAAUUGGAAGAGACUGAUACUGAAAGACAAAUACUUCAUCAGAAGGAAACAAGUCAGGAUGUUCAGUGUAAUCGUUUCUUCCCCAGUAGAAAAACAAAGCCUGUGAAAUGUAUUCUAAAUGGAAUAAACAACUCAACUAAAAAGAACUCCAACUGGACUAAAAUUAAACUCUCAAAAUUUAACUCUGUGCAGCAGAAUAAAUUAGACUCUCAAUUUUCCCCUAAAUUGUGCUUAUUACGACCCAGUUUUUCACUGCCUGCAUUAGAAAUGCAUCAUCCAGUGACUGAAAGUACAUUUUUAGGGUCAAAACCACAUGAUGAUAAAAAUAAAGCUUGCCAGCAGGAAGAAAUGAAAGAAAUUAAUUCUGAAGAAGUUAAACUUAAUGAUAUUACAGUUGACAUUAAUAAAACCCCCAAAAAGCCUCCUGAAAAUUGUUGUUUGGGUAAUCAGAUAAAACCACCUCCUGAUCAGCCAUUGGAUAACCAGAAGAAAGAUUCUUUUGAAUCAACACCAGAUAAGAAUUGCAGCCUAUGUUUGGAAUCUAAGCUUGAAAACAAUCCAGUGGAAAAUACCACUACUACUGUUUCAACUCUGCUCAGUCAAGCAAAAAUUGAUACAGGGGAGAGUAAAUUUCCAGGUUCAGCUCCCAAACAGCACAAUAUACUCACUAACCAAACAUCUAAGACCAGUGAUAACAGGGAGAUACCACCAAAUCAUUCUUGGCCUAAGUGUAAUUCCCAUUUGGAGAUAACAAUUCCAAAAGAAUUGAAACUAAAAGAAGCAGAGAAAGCUGAUGAAAAACAGUUGAUCAUAGAUGCAGGACAAAAAAGAUUUGGAGCAGUUUCCUGUAGUGUUUGUGGCAUGCUUUACACAGCUUCAAAUCCAGAAGAUGAAACACAGCAUCUGCUCUUCCACAACCAGUUUAUAAGUGCUGUAAAAUAUGUGGGUUGGAAAAAAGAAAGAAUUCUAGCUGAAUAUCCUGAUGGCAGGAUAAUAAUGGUUCUUCCUGAAGACCCAAAGUAUGCCCUGAAAAAGGUUGACGAGAUUAGAGAGAUGGUUGAUAAUGAUUUAGGUUUCCAGCAGGCUCCACUAAUGUGCUAUUCCAGAACAAAAACACUUCUCUUUAUUUCUAAUGACAAAAAAGUAGUUGGUUGCCUAAUUGCAGAACAUAUCCAAUGGGGCUACAGAGUUAUAGAAGAAAAACUUCCAGUUAUCAGGUCAGAAGAAGAAAAAGUCAGAUUUGAAAGGCAAAAAGCCUGGUGCUGCUCAACAUUGCCAGAGCCUGCAAUCUGUGGGAUUAGCCGCAUAUGGGUGUUCAGCAUGAUGCGUCGGAAGAAAAUUGCUUCUCGCAUGAUUGAAUGCCUAAGGAGUAACUUUAUAUAUGGCUCAUACUUGAGUAAAGAAGAAAUUGCUUUCUCAGAUCCUACUCCUGAUGGAAAACUGUUUGCAACACAGUACUGUGGCACUGGUCAGUUUCUGGUAUAUAAUUUUAUUAAUGGACAAAAUAGCACCUAAAAUAAAUUCAUGCCUGCAGUACAGAAGACAUCUACUAAAGAGAAUGGAUUGGUUGCUGACUUUAACCAGGAACUAGGGCCAUUUUUAUUACAAUGAACUCAGGACUGGCAACAACUGUAAGGUUGUUCCAUUUUCAUAAAAUUGGAAAAAAUGCAGUAAUUGCUUAUUGUUGUUUUGUUUUUUAAAGAAGAUAUUUUAUUAUCUUUUACAGAAAUUUAUGAUUGAUGUAUUUUAUCUAUAGUUAUUUAGACAUGUUUACAUGCAGCAGAUAAUUGUUCAUAGUGGACUGAAACUAAUGCAAGGACUAUGGUCUCAGUGAUAAGUAUAUUUUGAAGUUCUUAAUUAUGGAAAUAUACCAGUGUAGCUUGGUACUGUAUUUUUUUAUAUUGAUCUGCUGAUACCAGUUAUAGUUUUAAAGACUGUAUUUUCACAGAGUGGAAACCGAUGUUUUUGCAGUAUUACUCAAGGAGGGUGUGAUGUGACCUGUUUAGGAACUCAAAGCUAAUUCGUAAAGGGUCUGGUAUAUAAUUUAGAAGAAUCCUCACAAAAAAGCAAAGCCGAACUUUUUCUUCCAUUUCUCUCUUUCCGCUUCUUGACAGCAGCAAAAAGUGGAAGGUGGAAAAGAAUUGAGGCUUUCCUUCUUGGAGAGCUGUAAGUGACUAGAAUUAGAAUGGUACCCUCUACUGUAUUUAUUCUUUCAUUCUGGUUUCACUUUUUAAAAUAAAUGGCAACUGGCACACUUCAGCUGUUAACAGUCCCAAAGAGAUUUAUAAAAACCUGGGGAAUAGUUGCAAGCUAAAUAUGGAGGACUUGGUAUCUGCUUCGUUACUCCUCAGAAAUACUACACUGGGUAUAUGCCCUCAUUAUUGGACUUCAUUUUGAUACUUGUCUAUCCUUCAUAGUGCCCUCUACUUUUAAAGGGUUUAUAUGUUGAAAAACUGCUGUGGCCUUUUAUGACCUGUAUAUAAUGUAGAAUAAAAUAAUAAAAUACUUGAUAGCUUUUUCUAA